UGACAUCUAACAUCGUUGUCAUCAGUCAUCAUGAGCUGUGUAUUGAGAUUUAUCGAAAAUAGCCAGAUAUACAGAAUAUUCUAGCAUUAAAGUGAUAACAAGUUCGGUGAAGGGAAAUGCCCUUGGACUCACGAUGGACUGGUGUAAAAUAAAUAUCGAAAGUGACAGAGGUUUGAUUUAAAUCGUGUUCAGUGGCGACGGAUUGGAGAUACUAUUGUGAAAAGAUGUUUAAACUGCUACCAGCUGACGAUUCUGACACAUCUGACAGUUGAAAAUUGCGUAAUUUCGUACGGAUAUAACGGAUUCGCCACACUUCAUAUGACCGUCUUCACGUGAUCUUCGCAUAUUAUCAUCACGCAACUGCGUAUAUGAUGGCGUAUCCCGAUGCCUUAUUCAAUCGAAAACAGUACAUCGGCCCAGAGUCCCUCGCGGAUCUAUGUUUCAGAUUGAUUUGCAACAACUUGGACAUCAUUUCGUCCAAGGAUGAACGUGGCUACCGAACCCUUAGGAAGGGCAUCUCACUUCCCAGCGAGAUUUGCGACAAGAUCAUUGAAUUCGCCCACAGAAACGGGACCGGAGAUAUUGACGAUUACUUUUUAUCAAUAUUUAGGGACACGGCGACUAGGCUCAAGCGAGUCAAGAUUGUGAACUGCAGCCUGUCGGACGAAUCUGUCUUGACGAUAACCAAACACAAGCUAACAGAACUGGAAUUAAGCGAAUGUAAAAACCUUACCGAGCUUUCUAUAGAGCACAUUAAUGCUAAUUCGGACAAUUUAACAAGCUUGGCUUUUCGUGGAGAUUCUAUAAUCGUUCCUUCUCAGCUCAAAUCUGAAAAUGAUUCUGGGCUCAAUUAUCGCAAGCGAGGGUAUGUCUUUCACGCUCCGAACUUGAAGAGACUGGCUCUCUGGAAUGCCGACAUAGCUGCCUACAAAUACGAACUUCUAUUGGCAGGAUUAACCAACUUGACGCAUUUGGAUUUAUCGAAUGCUUCCCACAUAGGACAUGUUUUCUAUCCUAAUUUGGUACCAAACUUGGUUUCCCUUUCGCUCUACAAUGUCAAAAUGAACUCGCAUCCUGAAGCAUUCGUCACAAAUAUUAGCUAUUUGAAAAAUUUAAGGGAGUUGGACAUUUCUCAAUCGCACAGUAAACACGGGGAAUUUAAAAACCCUAAUAAAAUCUUGGGUGACCUUGUCUGCGGCUUGCCAAAGCUUGUGUCAUUGGAUAUUGGUGGAACCAAUCUAGCAGGAAGAGGGGUCGCAGAGAGGCCAGAUAAGUCGAUAGAAUAUUGCAGCACGCUAUGCGACAUUCCUGGCCUCUCCUUCAGAGUCCAUACACCUCUUCAGUUCUUAGGUCUCUACGGAACUGCGCACGGCGCCUGCAGAAGGCAUGAUAUUCCUGCCCGAGUGAUAGCAGGAGAAGGCAAUGAGGAGCAAAUAUUAGUUGCCGCUAGAGUUUGCAUGGACAACAAACGGGAUCUCUUGCGGAAAGUCUUGAAUGACCUGUACCAUAUUUUUAGGUAUGAAAAUUGUGAGCGGAUGGAUCAAGCCUUACAAACUGUUCUUGAAGCUAUGGAAAAACACCCUACUGAAAAACAUAUACAGAUAUCUGGCAGUGCCACGUUAUUUUACAUAGUGAAAAUACAAGAAGAAAAUGGAUUGCCCGUUGAAAUGAAACGCAGAAUAAUUGGAACCCUACUCGCAGGGAUGAGUGCCCACCGAGACGAAGAGACUAUGAUGCGAAAUGGCUGCUUAGCUUUGUGCCAGUUUCGUAUUCCACAUGAUGUAAUGUGGAAUUAUGAAGCACUGGUAAGAGUAUUACUACACUCUGCUCAGAAUGCUGAACAGGAAGGCUUUGUACAGCGCAUUGGACUUUAUCUACUAAACUCGUUAGCUUGUCAAGUUGAUGGAAGGCACAAACGUUUAUUAGGAGAAUUGGGUUGCGUGCCAACGAUGUUGCGAUUGAUCGAAUACAGACUUGAGGGCGGAUUAUUUGAUGACGUUCUAGAAGUUGCUUGGUCUACAAUGUGGAACAUGACAGACGAAACUCCAAUCAAUUGUCAACGAUUUUUGGUAGCACAAGGCAUGCAGCUCUUCCUUGGAUGCGUUGAUAAAUAUCCAAAUAAAGAGGAGCUACUAAGAAAUAUGAUGGGACUGUUGGGUAAUGUAGCAGAAGUGGAAAAUCUCCGACCUCAGCUCAUGCAAGAAAGAUUCAUAGCUGUUUUUGCAGAUUUAUUGAGUUCCGAUAGCGACGGCAUCGAGGUGUCUUACAAUGCUGCGGGUAUUUUGGCACAUAUGGCAUCUGACGGAGAAGCAGCCUGGGUCAUUGAAAAGCCUGAUAGAGACUUUGUAUUAGCUCGGAUGUCUGUAGCCAUUGACCGCUGGAACCUGUGUGCGGCCCGUAACAUCAACUAUAGAUCAUUUCUUCCACUGUUACGGUUACUCGAUAUAUACCAUACGCCGGAAUGCCAGCAUUGGGCCAUUUGGGCACUAGCAAAUCUCACCAAGGUCUACCCUGACAAGUAUUGCAUCUUGGUUGAAAGCGAGGGUGGUCUGAAAAAGCUCGAGAGUUUGCUACAAGACAUCAGGCCUGAUUCUCGUAUCAAGGAACUUGCUCGCUCAGUGAUAAUGCAUUGCCGACUAGCAUGCCAACCAGAACAAUUUCAACCUUCAAAAUUGUCUUCUGAUGACGAUUUUAAUGCCGAGGCUCUUUAGUACUCUGUUAUAGUUUUAUACAACUGCUUAAUUCAACCAGUGAAAAAUGAUGGAUGAUAUGUAAAAUAUUGAAAGACGUUAAAAUUAUUAUAUUGUGUAUACUCAAUUUGUAUCGAAUGACUUCUAUUCUAUGGAGGAAAUUCAGCAAUAGUAACGCAGUGACCCAUAUUUUCAGCAUAAUAAUUGAACAUGGUAAUUUCUCUCCGUAACUGAUGAGUUGUUUUCUAUUCCUUUUAUUUCUUUCGAAAUUCUUAAACUUUGUAAGAGAUUUUAUAGAUUUAUCCAUGUUUCAUGUAUACAUGAGAGUGUAAAUUCAGCUGAGACUAAAAGGAAUUUAUAGAAGCAAUAUUUUCGAUUGUUGAUACUAAGUAUUUUAAUAGAUUAUUUUCUACCCUUUCGACUUCUUACACCUUGUCGUUUUGCUUGCCUGAAACUGUGGUAUUAUAGUAAUCAUUAUAAAGUUGGCUCUGAUUUGACUCCAUGAUUUACCUCAAUACCUACCAAAGUUGAUCUAUUUUUACACGUAAUCUCUAUUGUAACCCAUGAUUUGAGUACAAAAUGUUAUUCGAUCAUGGUAUUUACAGCGGAACACAGUACACUAAUGAUGAAAAUCAUAACUAUCGAUACAUUGGUUUGUCCAUAUAUUAUUUUACCUACAGAUAGUUUGCAGAAAUUCAAUUGCCAAGAAGAUGAAGCAACUCUAAAUUUUUAUGCAAGGUGUAACAUUGUAUAAGACUUAGGUACGAAUGAUUAUGCAUAGAUUUAUUAAAACGGUGAUAUACAAUUUAUCUUGUUAUUACUAUAAUAUAGGUGUAUGUAUACAGCCCUUAAAUAACGAACUUCCUUCGAUGUAAAUAGCGAAUCCCUUGAAAUAAAUGAAAUUGUGAAA